AAAGCCGAAUGCUUUGCGAUGGAUGGAGCCGUAACCCCAUCCCUACGUCACGCGGCGUGCGAUUUGGCCGUCGCGAGGAGUGGAGCUGUGGCGGCCGCCAGCGGCAGAGCUGAACGCGUAGUGGCUUCGCUACCGGUUGCUUUGGCCACUGCUUUAGAGUUUCCGUCUUCCCAGUCAGCAUGCCCUGGGGACGAAAGCGGCAGAACCCGAAUGGCGGAAGCCGAGGGCAAACUGUACUGAGUAAAUUCUUCUUGCCGGCGCGGUCAACCGGCUCUGCCUCGGCUCCUGCUGACGUCCUUAUUCCUGCUGCGGAGGGAAGUGAGGGUGGUACAGCCGCUCCAUUGGCGCCUUCUGAUCCUUUGCACACGGAUCCUGAACCUCCUGGGAAAAGGAAAGCAGCUGUAAAAAACAAAGACCAGCGUUCAAAGAUUUUGCAGAGUAGACGAAAGAAAGAGGGAGCUGGGAAGCAAAAAACUUGUACCAGCCCUCGGAUAUGUUCAGAAACAUUUAAUAAGCUUCGAGAAUUCUCUAGCUACUUGGAACAGCCGAGUCAUUCUGAGAUUUCUCAUGGAAUUCAGCUUGUGAACAUGAAUAAAGGUCAAGAGUCAGUGUUAGGAAACACUGACACUUUGUAUUCUCAGAAGAUCAAUAAGGAUGAAACAUGCCUUCAAUUUAGCCAACUUUCUUCAUCAAAUAUAAGUUGUGAGGACAUUCAAAAUACUGCUGAUAUGAUUCUCAAUAAAAGAACCAAAAGUAUAUAUACACCACUUGAGCUCCAGUUCCUAGAAGUGAAAAAUCAAUAUAAGGAUGUUAUUUUAUGUGUUGAGUGUGGUUAUAAGUACAGAUUCUUUGGUGAAGAUGCAGAGGUUGCUGCUAAGGAACUGAACAUCUAUUGUCAUCAGGAUCACAACUUUAUGACUGCCAGCAUACCAGCUCACAGACUGUUCGUUCAUGUUCGGCGACUUGUAGCAAAGGGAUAUAAGGUGGGAGUUGUAAAACAAAUUGAAACAGCUGCCUUGAAGGCUGUUGGAGAAAAGAAGAGCUCUCUCUUUACCCGCAAACUAACUGCUUUGUAUACAAAGUCUACGGUUCUUGGAGAAGUUGUGAAUCCUUUACUGAAGCUUGAUCAUCUUUCCAAUGCUGAGGAAGUGUCAACUGAUGCCUAUGAUAAUUAUCUUCUUUGUAUUUGUGAAAGCAAAGAAAAUUUCAGGGAGAAGAGGCAGGACAGUACUAUAGGUAUAGUGGCCGUCCAGCCCAGUACAGGGGAGGUUAUUUUUGACAGUUUUCAGGACUCUAUAGCUCGUUUAGAGUUGGAAAGUCGGAUGUUACGCAUUCAACCUGUUGAGGUUCUUCUUCCUGCGGAUGUGUCAAAUCAAACUGAAAAUCUUGUCAAUGCUAUGAGUUCAGUAAGUUUAAAUGAUGAUAUAAUUCGAAUAGAAAAAAUGGAAAACAAGCAUUUUGAAUACAGCAGUGCUUUCCAGCUGAUUACAGAUUUUUACAGCAGUCAGGAAGAUGACAGCUCAGGCUCCCAAGCAUUGUCUGUCAUCUUAAAUUUGGAUAAGCCAGUGUUAUCAUCCUUGGCUGCUGUGAUUACUUAUCUUAAAGAAUUCAAUUUAGAAAAAAUACUGCAUAACCCUCAUAAUUUUAAAAAGUUAUCAAGUGAAGCUGAAUACAUGACACUUAAUGGAACAACACUAAAAAAUCUAGAAAUCCUACUGAACCAAACUGACAGGAAAACAAAAGGCAGCUUGUUUUGGGUCUUGGAUCAUACAAAAACUUCAUUUGGACGACGGAAACUGAAGAAAUGGGUGACACAGCCUCUCUUGAAAUCCAGUGACAUUGAUUCUCGACUUGAUGCAGUGUCUGAAGUUCUCAUGUCCGAAUCAAGCAUCCUUGGUCAAAUUAAGCCACUCCUAUGUAAGAUGCCAGAUGUUGAAAGAGGACUCUGUAGCAUUUAUCACAGAAAGUGUUCUGUUCAAGAGUUCUAUCUGGUAGUCAGCACUCUGUCUCAAUUGGAAGCUGCUAUCACAGCACUGAUUCCAGCAAUACGUUCUCAGGUGAAAGCAUCUUUGUUGCAGAAGAGACUCUUGGAAAUUCCAGAAUUGCUCUGCUCAAUGAAAAAUUACUUAAAUAUGCUUAAUGAAGAAGCAGCAAAAACUGGAGAUAAAACCCAGCUCUUCAAGGAUCUUAAAAAUUUCCCCAUAAUAAAGAAGCACAAGGAUGAAAUUGAAGCAGUAUUCCACCAGAUGAAAAUACACCUUCAGGACAUAAGAAAGAAGCUAAAUGGUCGUACUGUGGAUUAUGUAACAGUGUCUGGGCAAGAGUUUCAGAUUGAAGUUAAAAACUCACUGAUCUCUUCCAUACCAUCUGAUUGGAUUAAAGUUAGCAGCACAAAAUCUGUCAGCCGUUUCCACACUCCGUUUAUUGUAGAAAAUUACAGACAUCUGAAUCAGUUGCGUGAGCAGCUAGUCCUUGACUGUGGUGCUGAAUGGUUACGUUUUUUAGAUCAUUUUAAUGACCAUUAUCACUCUGCCUCUCAAGCUGUGGGUCACCUAGCAACUGUGGAUUGUAUUUUUUCCUUGGCUGAGGUUGCUAAACAAGGGGGCUAUUGCAGACCAGUCAUAAAAGAUGACGUAUCAGAGAUAAUGAUAAAAAAUGGGAAACACCCAGUGAUUGACUUGUUGUUAGGGGAGCAAGAGCAGUAUGUUCCAAAUGAUACCUACUUAUCGAAAGACAAUCAGAGGGCAAUGAUAAUUACUGGGCCUAAUAUGGGUGGAAAGAGUUCCUAUAUAAAACAAGUUGCAUUGAUAACAAUCAUGGCACAGAUUGGCUCUUAUGUACCAGCUGAAGAAGCAUCUAUUGGUAUUGUGGAUGGUGUUUUCACCAGAAUGGGUGCCACAGACAAUAUAUUCAAGGGUCACAGUACGUUUAUGGAAGAACUGACAGAUACAGCUGAAAUAAUUAGAAAAGCAACUUCACGUUCACUUGUAAUUUUAGAUGAACUUGGGAGAGGAACCAGCACGCAUGAUGGAAUUGCUAUUGCUUAUGCUACGCUGGAACAUUUUAUUAAAGAUGUGGGUUCACUGACACUAUUUGUCACCCAUUAUCCUCCAGUGUGUGAAUUAGAAAGGAUCUAUUCAAGUCAUACUGGGAAUUAUCACAUGGCUUUUCUGGUAAAUGAAGAGGAUAAUGAAGAAGAAAAGGCAACUGAUCAUGAAGAAAAUCCUGGAUUUGUUACUUUCCUUUAUCAAAUAACAAGAGAAGUUGCUGCAAGAAGUUAUGGGCUAAACGUUGCUAAACUAGCAGAUGUUCCUGAUGAAAUUCUUAAAAAGGCAGCUCACAAAUCAAAAGAGCUAGAAGGAUUAAUGAAUAUGAAAAGGAAAAGGCUGAUGUCAUUUGCUAGGCUGUGGAACGCUAAUGAAGCUAGAGAUCUGCAAAAAUGGAAAAGUAUCUAUGAAACAGAAAUGGAUUGAACCUACAGCAAAAAUGAUAAUGCUUACUGGGUAAAGCCUGAAAUUACAUAGAAUGUUUAAAAUUUACCAUACAAAGAAUUUAUAACAGUGACAUUUGAGAUUCCUUAGUAGGUGAAUUUUAAGUGGUUAAUGGCUGGUUCUCUUGGUCAUUUUAAAAUCAUGCAAACCAUUUCCAGGGAAGCAAUUAUGUGGAACAGCAAACCAUGUGAACUAGUGAUGCUUUUCACUUUCAAGUGGACUUUCAUUCUAGGGUCAAAUGGUACUUUUGUUCUGGAACAGAAUCAUGUGCACAUGCUGGGACAAUUACGUUGAGAGAAAUCUAUAGUGUGAGUGACCCUGUAAUUUAAAUGUAUUGGAAGCUUUGUUCUUCCCCUAUUGUAAUUUGGAUGUUUUCAUGUAAAUGUACAUUUUUCCAUAUUUAUUUCCCAAAGACAGACAUAGUAUUUUUUAAAAAAAUAAAAUAUAGCCUUUUGUAUUUGCUGAAUUUAAUUUGUCAAUAUUUGCUGAAAUCAUAUUUGUCAAUUACGGAAAAAGAUUUCCAAAUUUAAAAGAAUGGGUUGGAUCCCACAGAAGACAUUACAGAAGAUGAUGGUGAAGCUGAUCCUUCCUCACCUUUCCAUUUUCCCAGUAACUUGUUGCUUAUGCCAAAAAUCCUCUCUGUGGAUAAGAGGAGUAUUAUGAACAAAACACACCAUACUACAAGGAGAGUGAGAAAUUGAGUUAAAUAGCCACUUGAACUAUUUCAGCCCUCCAGGAAGAUUUUCAAGACAAUCAGCAAGCUACUGGAGAAGGGACAAGGAGGAAAUGAUCUGUUCACUAAUGUCUUCCACAAGUUUUUUUUUUUUAAAGAUCCAGCUCAACAGCUUUUUUAAAAGUUGCACUUUGAUUACUAAAAUGAUUUAUAAAGGCAGAAUAGUAAUUGUUUCUAAUUAAAAAACCAAUGAAAUAAAGAAUAGAAAAGUA